AACGAACCCCGCGCGCCGGGCUGCAUCUGGACGAGCGCUCAGCGAGCCGUAAAGCACAUGGUGGUGGUGAUGAUGGUGAUUUGAUGAUGGUGGGGAGUUCGUGAGGUUCGCGAUCAUGAUCUAUGCCAGCGCGGGCACACACCGUUGUGGCGCAAGAAGGUGUCCGGUUCGAGAGCGCGAGCGCUUUUCGUUUGGUUGUCGCAAGCUUUGCUUCGGCUAUUUCUGCAAAUAUCGAGCCUAUUUUGCCUCCGUCCAUCUGACUGUCUGUCUGUCUGUCAAUAUGCAGCUGCUGCAACGGAAAAAGACUGACCCGAGCUUCGUGAUCAGCAUCGAGAGCGGUGUCGAGGAGGUGCGGGAACCUAAGGUACACGAGGAAUGUGACUUUCUGGUGGAUGUGCUCACCGGCAAGCGGUCGGUGUCGCCCGAUUUCUGCUGCAAGAUGCUGUACAUGAUCUUCUGCACCUGCUUCACGAGCGAUGGCGGCGCGAGCCAGCGACCGAAGCUAGCGGCGGCCAGUGUGGCAGCGGCCGCACCGCAAACCAGCAAUACACAGCGACCCCUAACCUACCAAACGAUCUGAGCGUGGGACGGGCGAGAGUGUUCGUUCGGGGAGUGUGUUUGUGUGAACCAAAAACGAAACGUAAAAAAGAUCAUUAUUUUUAAGGCAAUUUUUGAGAUACAGAUCAAGCCGCCUCGCCAAGCUCCCAAAAAAAGGCAUUGGAGAGACCCUCAUUGCGGCUUGGCGUGCGUGUGUCAGUGCGUAAGUGUGUGUAAGAUUGAGUUUUUCCGAGUGAAUUACGUGAUGUGUAUGUGAGAGAAGAUUCAACUUCAAACGUCUGGAAUCCGCUCCUGAAGAUCGGUUUCAGUGCAACAAAAAGCAUACCUUUUCGCCCGAUAAGUCAGUGUCUAUAUCUAAGUUAGUUUCGCCCCGAUGCCAAUGCGUCCUCAGGAACUCAAACCUGAGAAAAUGGCGUUUCGUAAUACCUCUAAUUCUACGAUCAGUGUUGCAAUAGGGGAAAACCACGAGAGGUUACGUUGAGGAGCGACGUCACUUUUCUGAAAUAUAAUGAUGGUAGAAGAUUAAUAACCGUUGUGUGUUGUGUUGUUCUAUGCUGUUCUGUGCCGCCGCUGUGAUGGUGAUGCGCGUACUGUCAUGCGCGUAACAAUGUCGCAAAAUGUCGGGAGAUCAAGGGGCUAUUGUGCAGGUUGAUUCAGUGCAUUCAGUGCAAUGAGUGAGCAAUUUUUCCACUCCAACUGUCGCUUGGUUAAUGAGCUCUCGCGACGCGGAGGUUUGUUUCGUAAGAUUUUCACCCAACCGCGGUCGUUACGAUUCGACAACCGGCAUUGUUCCGGCUCGAUGGAGCCAUCUUCGUUGAGUUGAAGUUUUCCAUAAAGGGCAAACAAACAAAAAACACACAUACAUCUGGUUUGUGGUUUGCCAAAAGCAGCAGCAAAAAAGAACCCCGAAAACCUGUCCUAAUGCUCGUUUGGCAAAUUAUGCCAAAAGCUGGCGGGUCCGCCGGGGAAGCGAAAUUAAUAUAUUCCUGCUCAGAUGGGGAGGGGAGGGAGGUGCGUUUGCGGUUUUUGGCAAACCAGUUUCAAUAUCAACUGUAACACGUUCCGAUUGAACUUGACUUCUUGGGUCAGUCGGGUUCGGUGCAUUUCGCCGGCGCGAGCCCGCCUAGUUGCUGUUCAAGCUUUUUCGACUGUCCGUGGCAUAAUUAUGUGAAGGAUUUUUCAAUCCCUUUGCUCGCUUACUAGCGAAAGUUGCGUUACGCUCAGAUCGACGGCAGGUACGGCGUUGGCGUUCUAUUUGCAUGAAGCCGGUUAGUUGCCGAGGACGAGCAGCCGCGGGGAUAUGCUUUUUAUCCGUUUUCCUUCUAAUUAUAUACUUUGUUUGUUGGGAAGAGCUUUCCAAAAGCUGAUGUGGUGGUGGGGUGGUUAUUCGCAUCUUCAUUUUGUGCAGAUUCUGGCUAUUCUUGAUAUCGAUCUGGCCAUUAGACAUAAUGGUUGGAAUACAUUUUAAACUUUGUGCUACUUCUUGGGUAUUUGUGCGGUUGCUGUAGCAUGCCGAAAAAUAAAAAAAUUGCUAACAGGUUUUGAAUUAGGUAUAAUGUCCAAAAACGGCAUGACUUUCUCAAUCUUGAACUACAAACAUAUCCGGCGUCAGAAUCGUUCUGCUUUCUAAAGCUGCGGUAGGAUUAUGCUGAAUGGCACUUGAUGUCCCUCCAUUUUGGUUCCACACAUAAGCUUCUUGCGAUCAUCCUCGUGAACACGAUCUAGAGCAGCGAAGUCAAACCUAAGGCGAGCGAGCCACAUGAGGCCCUCGAAGAAUGAAGCUGGAGUAUAUUAUAGGUUACGAGACAGGAAAAAUGAGAGAAACAAGAUUUCAACAUUCAGCCUUAAUAGUUCGAUUAACGAAGUUUUAAGUAAAUUACUCACAUUGGCUAUUUUUGGGAAGGUAUCCUCGAAUGGCAUGUGUUUUAGUUCUUGUUUGCUGGCGGCUCCCCAAAGUCGGACUCAUAUUUUCCCAUAUUUUCGCCCAUUUUCUGAUUUUGAGGCUUUCUGGAAAAUUCGGAAACCAUGUAUACCACUCGGAAUACCACUUUCUUCACUUAAUUGAUGUGGGUACUCUUUAGCUAGAUUUCAGAAAAAAUACCUUUAAAAAUCUUAAAAAUACAAGCACUUCAAAAAGGCGUGAAUUGUACGAAGCUUAUUAGAAGUUGGUAAUCUCUUUUCCUUAAAAAAAAGACCACAUAGCUUGCGAAUAUUUGCCGAUAUAGUGCUAUAAUUAUGAGUUAUCGUUAUUAGUCAUCAGCGUUGUCAAAAUGCAGCGUUUGUUCAUCGUGUGUCGAUAUGUUGAGGUGAUAUACGAGGUUUAAAAAACUGUCCAUGCAGUCUCAUUUGGUUGGCAUAUAUCUGGGAUAUUGCAUAAGAAUGAUGAAAAUUUCUGAGUUAGGCUGACCGCCGCUAAAAUUAAG